GGUUUCUAAGCAACCGUUAGCAACCAACUCCGUGCGGAUACAAUGGCUAAAUUUGUCCUCGCUGGAAAAACAGACUGUCCACAUUACGCCAAAGCGGAACUACUAGCAGACCGUCUGCAGCGAUGUCUGCCAAACUUCAGGAUCCAAAAGAUCUCCAUCCUCCCGCAUGAGUGGAAGGAAUGGCUGGAGACUAUCUGCAAAAGAAAUGGCUGGAAACACAUACAGUCUCCUCUGGUUUGGAGGGAACUGGUUGACCAAGGAGGGAAAGGAAUGCUCUUAGGGGGCUUCAGUGACUUCCUGGAGCACUGUCAGGGCUACUACAAUAUCACAUCAGACAUGGAUACGGAUAUGAUGCUGAGAGUUGCUGCAGAGAAUCUAGAGACUGAGAUGAAUCUUAUUGCAGAGAAGCAGCAUCAUGUCAGUCUUAUCAAACCCCUUCACAUAUGGAUCAGCAGUGCUCUAAGCCCAACCUGCCAAUUCCUCAUCCCCAAUCUGCUCUCUGCUGAGAUGUUCCCACAUGUGUCCGCAGUCAGCCUCCACUUACUGGACCUGGAGGAAGACAAGGAGAGACUGCAGGGGCUGAAGAUGGAGACAGAGGACCUGGCACUCUCUCUGCUCCAUCAAGUGACCAUACACACAGAUCUGGAACAGGCUUUCCAAGAGGCCAAUGUGAUUGUACUGCUGGAUGAGAGGUGGUCUGAUGAUGCAGAGGAAGAGGAAAAAAUGAAGAUAAGGGGAAUCUCAGACAGGUACAGAGAGUACGGACAGCUGAUUGACACAAGGGCCAACAAGGAGGUUAAGGUGAUUGUGUCUGGUGACUCAUUCGUCAACCUGCGAUGCUCGCUUCUUUUGGACAAUGCGCCUUCCAUUGACAGCCACCAAUUUGUCACCAUGGCAACACAGCUGGAGAACGAAGCCAAGGCAAUCAUUGCAAAGAAGCUGAACGUGAGGACUUCAGAUAUUACAAAUAUGUUGGUGUGGGGAAACAUCAGUGGCAGUUUCCACAUUGACCUGCAGAGAGCAAAAGUUUUUAACUAUGAUGGGGCAAUCAAAGGACCUGCUUUCUUUUCCCAGCCAGCCAAAAAGAUUCUCCAUGACAGGAAAUGGCUGGAAACAGACUUCCAAGACUUGGUGCGUUAUCAGCGUGCAGCUGUGGCUGCAAAGAAAUGCCGAGCAGCUGCCAUGUCGCUCACCAAUGGGAUCCUGGCUGUCCUAAAGGCUUGGAAUGGCAUUUGUAGUCCAGAUGAGGUGUUCUCUCUGGGUGUACUUUGCCCAGGUGACUAUAAUAUCCCAGAUGGCAUCGUCUUCUCAGUCCCAGUAACAUUUACAGAUGGUAGAUGGUCUGUGCUGCAUGACGUGACCAUCGGAGAUGAGUUGAAGGAGAGACUUCAUCUUUCGGCAACUGAACUCAGACAGGAAAAAGAACUUGCAUCAGGAAGUAACACAGUUGUUAUAAAUAAAGAAGACAGUUGAAAAACAUUAAGAAGAAAAAAUCCCUUGCCAAACACUUGACAAUGCAGACAAAAACAACACAAGGUAGAAGUUAGUUAAAAUGAUCCCAGGAAAUAAUCCAAAUUAAUUCCAGCACCACAUCUUCAAUUUGUUUCAGUUUGUUCUUUUAUUCUCUUACUUUCACAUGUGGUGUUGCAGUUUUAUUUUACCAGUUUAAUGACAAUAAAUCUUUUCCGCUUUGUGAAACCCGUCCGUAGCUGUUAUAUUUUUAGAUGUAAAAGAUCAAACUGAGUACUUUAUGGAAAAAGGAGAAAUUAGAAAAUAUAUUCCUUUUUUUAAAAUUGUACAGUUCAGUAAGUGCCUUUUUUAUAGUUCAAGAAGCGAUAUUUUUAAGCAUAAAACACACUACUACCAUACACAAACUAGUCUGUUAAUAUCCUUCACUGAAUCUGAUGUUACCACUCGCCACCCGCUUACAUUUACAGCUGGGCAGUCUGAAAAAUGAGGAUACAUCAAAACUUUCCUCCCCAUGUCAGUAAUUAAAUAUGUAACAAACUGAAUUCAACAGGCUCUUUUCACCUGAAACAUUAAAAUUGACUUUUUUUUCUCACAAAUUGUGCAGUACUUUGUCAGCUGACAAGGAGAACUUGAACAGAGUGCUGUUUUUACAUGCAGAAUAUACACGUUCCUUUUUUUAGCAUUUCUACACUAUACACAAGGAGGCAUUGACUGAAAAAAGGAAAGGUUAGUACAAAUACAGUGCACUACGACAAGUCUGGAAAUGGACACAUAUUCUGCAAUGUUAUAUUCAAUUUGUACAACCCACCCCUGAGAUUUGGAUGCUGAGUGGUUUACAAAAGCAAAAACGGCCUCUUUAUACAGUCGAGCAUAGAUUUCUUUUUGUCAAAAACUUUCCAUAAAUCCCCAGCAGCGGCCGGAUACACAAUGUGUUGUUAUGUCCCUCCAAAAACAGAAACAAAAUCUGCUCCAGGAACGGUAACACUCCUUUGAAGACUGACCUCAAAUAUUGAUCAUGGUAAAUACAUGCGUGAUGCAUGGCAUGCAUGGACUUGUCGUGGCACAAAGGAGGUUAUUUGGUAAAUAUACAGAUCCCAGUGAUGACUAUACAUGUAACAAAUAGUUGGGUAUAGACGGGCCUAUCUAACAAACAGUGUGUCUUUUAACUGAGAUCAAGAAUAAAUUUAAUGACUUAUGGGACAAUUACAUGUGGAUGUAUGAAAUUAAAUUCUGUUUGCAAAGAAGAAUACAAUCGAGGCAUCAAUCACAGAGAAAAGAUUCGGGAACAUUUCUUUUAUCUUGCCACAAAGUCACUUAUGUGUACGGGUAAAGAUCAACGACUUGUCAACAUCCAACAAUGUCAAAGUUUCCAUUUUCCAGGCAACAAGUGAAAGACCACCAAUGACCGAAUGCUUCUGCCCAAACCAAAGGCCGUAUAUAAAGAUGGACGACAUGACAGCUCCCAAAAAGUGAAGCCAAAAUAUGUAGUGGCUGGUGUCAAUAUGGGUCAUAAACCCUGCCCCCGUCACCUAAAUAAAUAGGACAUGGGACGAAUU